GUGGGUAGAGAAGCCGUCUUUCGGCAAGUCUCUGGAGGAACACCUGAACAUUAGUGGUAGAGAGAUUGCCUUCCCCAUCGAAGCCUGUGUCACCAUGUUGCUGGAGUGUGGCAUGCAAGAGGAGGGCCUCUUCAGAGUGGCUCCAUCAGCCUCCAAGCUGAAGAAGCUGAAAGCCUCGCUGGACUGUGGAGUUCUGGAUGUGCAGGAGUACUCCUCUGACCCACACGCCAUCGCAGGGGCUCUGAAAUCAUACCUCCGUGAGCUCCCCGAGCCGCUGAUGACCACUGAACUUUAUGAUGAAUGGAUUCAGGCGUCCAACAUUCAAGAUAUGGACAAGAGGCUCCAAGCUUUAAUGGCAGCGUGCGAGAAACUCCCCACAGACAACUUAAACAAUUUCAGAUAUCUAGUCAAAUUCUUAGCCAAGCUGAGUGAGUAUCAAGAUGCGAACAAGAUGACUCCCGGUAACAUGGCGAUCGUCCUCGGUCCUAACUUGCUGUGGACACACACUGAACCAAACAUUACGGAGAUGAUGACCACCGUGUCCCUGCAGAUUGUUGGCAUCAUUGAGCCCAUUAUCCAGCAUGCUGACUGGUUCUUCCCUGGAGAGAUUGAAUUCAACCUGACCGGCUGCUAUGGCAGCCCGAUCCACACCAACCACAACUCCAACUACAGCUCCAUGCCCUCACCGGACAUGGACCAGUCUGAGCGCAAGCAGCAGCACGACCAGAGCCGACGCCCACUGAGCGUUGCCACCGACAACAUGAUGCUGGAAUUUUACAAGAAGGAUGGCAUUAGGAAGAUACAAAGUAUGGGUGUCCGGGUCAUGGAUACCUCCUGGGUGUCGCGUAAGGGUUCAUCCACACUGACCCGCAAGACCUCCUCCACGCCUCCAGGCAUGCAAGGGCCCGGCUCCCCCGCGGACACACUCAUCCCCGAGCAGCCCGGCGAGCUCACCACCUCGCCGUCUGCGACACCGCCACCUGCAGAAAGGUUCUGCUCAGACAACGUGUCGCCCAAUCGGCCGGACACCUCUCAUGCCCAUCCACCCCCAGGGGAGGACCGGCCGCCCCCCCCUUACCCGACCUCCUCGUGCCACUCUCUCCCCCACCACUUCUAUCCCAAACCCCCACCCUGCGCUCGCCCCGUGGCACCGGGUCCAGAGUCCCAGCCCCCGGCCUCACCCCCGCCCCCGAUGCGCUGGUCUGGCUUCACUCCCCCCGCCCCGCCCCCCUCCUCCUCCUCUUCCUCCUCCUCCUCGUCACUUGACAUCAAUUCGAACCCCAAACCAAGCUGCCUGCACUUCCCCAAGCACAGUCCGCCUGGCGACAUGUCGCAUGCACCCCCGCCAGAUGCUAAUGCCUCACCACUCUACAUCAAAACCCCCUUGGUACUAACCCGCCACGACCAGUCCUUUGGCAAUCCCCCUAGCCUCCCUUCGUCCGCACCCCCACCCCCGCCGUGGGCUGCCUGUCCAUGUGCCCGAGAGAGAGGACCCCCCAGGCUGACUAGUUCAUUGAAGAGUAAAGAGCUCUCCCCUGUAAUUGGACACAAAGCCAUCCAGGUGGCAGGUCCAACAGUCCCUCCCAGCAGCAGCCCGCAGAGCAGCAGCCAGUCCCCCCACUCCACGGAGCACAGUCCCCACACCCUGCACAAAGGUUCCAAGAAGUUGGCCCCUGUCCCUCCCAAGGUCCCUUAUGGCCAGUCUGGCGGGAUGUCCGACCAGUCCACAGGUCAGCCGUCACCGGUCAGCCUGUCUCCCACACCACCUAGCACCCCUUCCCCUUAUGGACUGGCCUGCCCUGCAGGGCUAGUGCCCCCAUCCUCACCUGGGCAGACCCCAUUGGGGGCGCCCCACUCCCUCUCCUCCCCUCCCUCCCUGACUGGAACGCUCACCAAGUCUCGGCCCACCCCUAAGCCCAGGCAGAGACCUAGCCUGCCCCCUCCUCAGCCGCCCACAGUCCCUCCUGGGCUCACUGGCCUGGCCAUGGCCCCAGUUCCCCAGCCCCUGGAGCAGGGCCUCCUGGAUGGACUGUCUCCUGGGGAGAGCAUGUCUACAGAUAUCUUCAGUUAUGAAAUCCCCUCCAUCAAUGUCAAUCUGGACAGCCUCAUCGAUGAGUUCAGCGGUGCCCCCUGCAGGAGGUCCCUGGCAGUGACAGACUCUCCAGAGGGAGAUGCUGUGCCUGAGGAGGAGCCCCAGAGCACCACUCUAUGACCUAUGACCCCAAGGCAUCACAGCUUACCAGCACCCCUGUGGCUGUACAUUCUCUUAGCUGCCGCCGCCAAGGCCUGAUGGAAACACCAAUUGGCCUCACCAAUGCCCACCUGAAACCAGAACUCAGACCCUCCCUCACAUCUGCUACAGGCUGCAAAGAAACACAUCUUUCACAACUGCUCGCUAGAACAUAAAUGUGACAACAAAAAAAACACCAAAAUGCCAUAGUGGAGGAACAGUUGCCUUUAGGAGGAAAGACUGGAAUAUAAAUGAGUAUUACACUGAAAGUUUUUUUCAGUUUCUUUUUUGUUUUGCCUUGCUUUGUUUGUCUUUGUUGUUUGAUGCAGUGGUCUGCAUUUUCUGUGCAUUUGUUCAAUUUCUUUCUUUUUUGCCUUAGAACAUGCAAUCAAAUUGCAAUAUGAUAUUCACAAGUUGUGCAACUUUUCGGUUAGGGAAACUCAGAGCCUGACGUGGUUAGGAGCAUUGCCCAUCCUCAGGGUGAAACAGAGAGACGGAGCGAGAGAGUAAUCUGCUUUUAUUGCUGACAGGGUAUUCAAGCUUUGUGCACAUUUUAGGAACAUGCUGAGCCCGGCAGGUUUCGCAUGAAAGAUGAAACAUUUGAUUCUUAUUGUCGCACCAGGUUUUGAUUCCCCCCCCCCCUCCUCUAUCACUUUCAUUCACUUUAAACCAGCACAGUAUGAGAAGAAUGUGAUUGUAAAUUCAAGUUUCAUCUUUUAUUCAGUUAAGAAAAAAAAAGCACCGAUAUGUUUGCAUGAAAAGCCGAUACGAUAGAACUGCUUCAGUAUGCAGAGCCUCGGAACGGCAGUGUUUUUAUUUUGCGUGAAUGUUUUUGCUGUUGUCGUCCUUGGAGAUGCUACUUUAGAUCAAUCACGUGCUGUAUCAGUUUGAUGGUUAUGGGUGGAUGGACUACACUGCCUUUAGGUUCAUAUGAUUCUCUCUCUUAACCUAGUUUCAAGUGCUUCAGGUUCAGUGACCUUUGACCCCUUGUGUAAAUACAAAGACUGUACAUAAA